CAAUUGAACAACAAAGUGGUAGACAUCAAGACAGGCGUGCUAAGCCAACCGCUGAAAAUCGAUCUCAACAGGUCCACAGCAGACACGACGGCAUGCGCGAGCUACACAAUGCUCAUCUCAGCGACGGGUUCCAAGCCAUACGUGAUCUCGACGCAGAUUCGUCACGAAGACAAUGACACGAGCUCUAUUUCUUUGAUCGACACGAUUGCCGCGACGACAGGUGCGCUGUUCUUCAACGCGCCACGCACGCUAGAGUAUAUCCAAAAAGAGGAUUGGGGCACGUUGGACGAGGGGCAGCGAGUCGGUCGGGAUGAGCUUAAACGCGUUGGAGAUGCGUAUCUUGAUAUGUGGACCGAUGCGAAAGCCGCUGAUUCGAUUCCUUGGGGGACGGAUUGCGAGCGUGUCGAGGGAUCACAGCUCACGAGGCCGUGCGGAGCGACACUGCCACACGGUGGGAGCCAGAAGCCGAAUGGGAAUCGUCGGUAUGUUAUCGAUGAGACAAUUGGCUCGGUGGAUGUUCUAUGCUCUUUCGAUUCGCUUGGGAAUAUGCCCGACUCGCACGAGGUUAGACUUGAGGGGGGUAAGGUGAAAUAUGUUCAUACUGUCACAGUAAUGCAGUAGUUGAAGAAUACAGAAUUUAAAAAUUGUCUCGAAGCAUCUAUACGGGCAGUCGAUUUUCC